AUGUCAGCUCCUCUUAAUUCUGUUCCACAAUCGAGCCUGUCUUCCUUGAAGUUGCUUGACGAUUUGUCAGUUUCUCCCUAUCCUGCUGUGCUUCUAGGAUCCAGUUUGAUUCUAAAGGGAGCUGCUUCCUCUAAGCCAAGUCCAGUGGGUGUGGAACUGGGUUCUUCGGUCAAGAUCUCUCGAGCUCUUGCUGUUAAGCCUUCUAGGGCUUCCUGUUUCACUUUUGGAGCCGCCAACUUACUUGGAGCUUGGGUUAUCUACGACGGUGAACCCAUAAAUGGUGCAGGAUUCAACUUUGCUUGGUCUUCUUUAUAUUUGAUAGUCAACGGCACUGCAAGUUUCAAGAGCUUAUUCAGAGGAAAAGUGAGUCCUUUGGCUCUUAGCGUGUUAGCACUAGGCAAUGCUGGCUUGUACGGUAAGAAGUUCUUUUGGCCAAGUAACUCUCUAGCCCAGUUCUAA